AUGCCCAGCUCCUGCAAAGAUAUCCGCCUCGCCCUGGCACAGUGCCUCCAACAAUCCGACUGCAUAUUAGUUCAACAGAAAACACCGCAUGAAUGCCUCAGACCCCCGCACCUCGAUGAGCUACCCGUGAAAUGUCAGCAAUUACGCAAGGGCCUCGGUGAAUGCAAACGGGGAAUGGUAGAUAUGCGCAAGCGGUUCCGCGGUAACCAACCCAUCGCAUUGGGGAAUGAAGUCGAUUCCAAAACAGGUGAAGUUAUUAGUAACAGAAAGCCGGUUAAACAGUUGUAUGCGGGCAAGCCGGCGUUUCAAAGUGUCAAGGAGAUUAAUGGUGAUGAGGUGCAGAUGGAUCCAGAGAAGACGAGGGGGCUGUAG